ACCACAGGGUUUGAUGAAUCAAACCCUUUGUCUGGGUGGGAUCUCCCCCAGCCAGCUGGGCAGAGAGAGGGCUUCCCCUGCCGGAGCAGGCAGGCAGCAUCAGCAGCAGGCUUCGGUCUCUGCUGAAGAGGCCCCGGAGGGUGGCAGAGCAAAGGAGGAAUGGACUGUGGGCCACCUGCAACCCUCCAGCCUCACCUGGCUGGACCACCUGGCACUGCCCACCGCCCAGUAGCCGUGUGCCAGCAGGAAAGCCUGUCCUUUGUGGGACUGCCCACCCUGCAUCCUCCAAGUACAGUGUGCGUGGACCUUUUCCCCAUUGCUCCAGAGGAGCUACGGGCUCCUGGUAGCCGUUGGUCCCUGGCGACCCCUGCCCCUCUCCAAGGACUGUUAUGGCCGCCAUCCCCAGGAGGCCCAGAUACCCAUGUCUCCACCAGCGGAGGAAUGAGACCCAGCAGGGCUGGCAGCUGGCCCCACUGCCCUGGUGCCCAGCCCCCAACUCUGGUGGGACCCUGGAGCUCUCAACACAUGCAGCCCCAGCGCAGGGCCAGCCAUGGUGGCUCAGAGAAGAAGUCAGCCUGGCGCAAGAUGCAGGUGUAUCAUAAUGAAGAGGCCACUGGUGGCACGGAGACCCCCAGUCUGGAGACUGGCCAGACUGCACAAGAGCAGGCUCUGUGUGCGGAGGAGCCCAAGCCACAGGAGUUUUCAGGAAACACCAGAGGGGGCCUUGAGGCUCAGGAGCGAAGGCGCUUCUCAGCCUCUGAACUGAUGACAAGGCUGCACUCAUCUCUGCGCCUGGGGCGCACGGCCACCAGGGCUCUGACUUCAGGGUCAGGUGCUGGAAUCACCCGGGAAGGGAAACUGCCUGUGAGGGAAUCUCGAAGAGCAGAGAUGAGGGUGGACAGCGUGUCGCUGUCAGCCCCUGUCGACCCAAAUGAGGUUCACGGUGGUCUACUGGAACCCAGGCUGGACACGCACGAAAAGACCUCUCAGGAUGCCAGCAGCGCCACCGAGAGGCGCCAGUCCCGCUUCCUCCUUAACUGUAGGUGCAGAGUCCCUGCGAGGGGAUCAGGGGGGAUGGGCCUGGGUGUUGGGAUCUGGGAAGACUGUUUUGAGGGAGUUGGGAGCGGCGUCCUGGCCACGCUGAGCCUGCGCGACUGCAAACUGCAGGAGGCCAAAUUUGAGCUGAUCACCUCGGAGGCCUCCUACAUCCAUAGCCUGUCUGUGGCCGUGGGUCACUUCUUAGGCUCCGUGGAGCUGAGCGAGUGUCUGGGGACUCAGGACAAGCAAUGGCUAUUUUCCAAACUGCCCGAAGUCAAGAGCACCAGCGAGAGGUUUCUUCACGAUCUGGAACAACGUCUAGAGGCCGACGUGCUGCGCUUCAGCGUGUGCGACGUUGUUCUGCACCAUUGCCCUGCCUUCCGCCGGGUCUACCUGCCCUACGUCACCAACCAGGCCUACCAGGAGCGCACCUACCAGCGCCUGCUCCUAGAGAACCCCAAGUUCCCUGGCAUCCUGGCUCGCCUAGAAGAGUCUCCUGUGUGCCAGCGGCUGCCUCUCACCUCCUUCCUCAUCCUACCCUUCCAGAGGGUCACCCGCCUCAAGAUGCUGGUGGAGAACAUCUUGAAGCGGACGGCACCGGGCUCCCAAGAUGAGGACAUGGCCACCAAAGCCUUCAGUGCACUCAAGGAGCUGGUGCAGGAAUGCAACUCCAGCGUGCAGUCCAUGAAGAGGACUGAGGAGCUCAUCCACCUGAGUAAGAAGAUCCACUUUGAGGGCAAGAUCUUUCCACUGAUCUCACAGGCCCGCUGGCUGGUGCGGCACGGGGAGCUGGUGGAGUUGGCCCCCUUGCCCGCUGCGCCACCCGCCAAGCUGAAGCUGUCCAGCAAGGCCGUGUACCUUCACCUCUUCAAUGACUGUCUGCUACUGUCCCGGAGGAAAGAGCUCGGGAAGUUUGCUGUUUUCGUCCAUGCCAAUAUGGCUGAGCUGCAGGUUCGAGACCUGAGCCUGAAGCUGCAGGGCAUCCCAGGUCACGUAUUCCUGCUCCGGCUGCUGCAUGGGCAGCGUGCCAGGCACCAGCUGCUGUUGAGAGCACGAACUGAAAGUGAGAAGCAACGGUGGAUCUCAGCCUUGCGACCAGCCAGCCCCCAGGAGGACAAGCAGGUCACCUGUGAUGGAGAAGACCGCCCCCAGGUCCAGUGCGUGAGGACCUACAAGGCCCUGCAGCCUGAUGAGUUGACCCUGGAGAAGACAGACAUCCUGGCAGUGAAGACCCGGACCAGUGAUGGCUGGCUGGAGGGUGUGCGCCUCGCUGAUGGUGAGAAGGGGUGGGUACCGCAGGCCCACGUGGAGGAGAUCAGCAGCCUCAGCGCUCGACUUCGAAACCUCCGAGAGAACAAGAGGGUCACCAAUGCUAGCAGCAAGCUGGGGGACCCGCCUGCCUGAUGCUCCCCUGGCACCCAGCUGGGUCUGCUCCUGUGCUGUGGGCUUCUGUGUGUCUGGGGGCUUCUCUGCAGGCGCUGGGUAACAGUUCUGUAAAUACGCCCUGGCUGCCUCUGCUUUGACGUCUGACCCUAGGGCCUUUGCACUGCCUUCUCUGCCUGGAGAGCUCCGCCUAACAUGAGGGUGCUGGCUGUUCUCACUCACACUGGUCCCCAGGUGCCUUGAGGGCAGAGGGGCUGUGUGUCAACCUGGUGCUUCCCCUCCAAGUGGCAAAGUGUCAGAUCCAAGCAGGCGUGAAUAUUAAAGUGACUCCAUGAGUUUU